GAGCAAGCAAGUCUCAUUCUGGACUUUUUCCGUUUGACAACCCAGUUUGUAAAUUUGAACAUUGCCGAAUACCAAAUAUUGAGAUAUUAAAAUGAAUCUAGGUUUCACAUUGGAUGCUUAACAAAAACACAGUUCUUGACCACGCAAUUUUCCAAACUAUGUUCGAGCCUGCCGCAUUUUAAUCAGGUCAAAUGAAUGGAAUGCAAUAGAUACCCAUCGUGACUGUCUCCAACACAAAAAUGACACCUGCUGAUCAAACGAUGUUAACUAGCCCAACCACUGUCGCAGCCACAAGCAACACCUCCGCAGUUCCAAUCACAAGCGCCAGUAUUUCCUCAGUGCUGAGCACCGGAGUCACAACAUCAACAACAUUAGAUAACGUUAGCUCAAUUUACGUGGGUAUAAUAGGGGGCAAUAGUACAGCUUACGAUGUCACAUCCUUGGCGGAAAGUGGAUGUGUGGCGCAAGAGGAGGAGUGGCAUGACAGCUACUUUGGUGUCAAAUUGGCCGUACCAGAAUGGGAGGCAAUACUCACAGCUAUCGUACUGUCCAUAAUAAUUGUGCUGACAAUUAUUGGCAACAUAUUGGUUAUUCUGAGCGUUUUCACAUACAAACCUCUGCGCAUCGUUCAGAAUUUCUUUAUCGUCUCGUUGGCAGUCGCCGAUUUAACCGUUGCAUUGUUGGUGCUCCCAUUCAAUGUAGCCUACUCCAUCCUGGGCCGAUGGGAAUUUGGUAUAUAUUUGUGUAAGAUGUGGCUAACGUGCGAUGUCAUGUGUUGCACAUCUUCGAUAUUGAAUUUGUGCGCUAUUGCCCUAGAUCGGUAUUGGGCCAUUACGGACCCCAUCAACUAUGCUCAAAAGCGGACAGUUGGCAGAGUUUUGCUGUUAAUAGCUGGUGUCUGGAUUUUAUCGCUACUCAUCAGUUCGCCACCGUUGGUUGGUUGGAAUGAUUGGCCGGAAGAGUUUACCAGUGCCACUCCUUGCGAACUAAAUUCUGAUCCUGGCUACGUAAUUUAUUCUUCACUGGGAUCAUUCUUCAUUCCAUUAAUCAUAAUGACAUUGGUUUAUAUAGAAAUAUUUGUUGCUACCCGGAGACGACUACGAGAAAGGGCGCAGGCGGCAAAGAUAAACACAAUUGCCGCACGAUCUCUCAGCGCUGAUGUAGCAAGCACUACUGUGACGGCAAAUCAAACGGGAAAUGGCACCAUAUCCAUUUUGUGUUACAGCGUCAUUUGUUGCUGCCGCAACUCGACGCCAUUCUCUACAACGCCGAUGAUACAAAACGACCAAGAGUCCGAAAGUAGCGAAACAAAUGCCAACAACGAAAGUACAAGAGUUCAAAAUCAAACAGAUACCAAGCCAACUGUGGCUUCACAGCGAAAAAGGACCCGAAGAGCCAAAAUCAAAGACUCCAUUAAACAUGGAAAACUAAAGGCUCGGUCAGGUCAUACAUUUAACGACCACCCAGAAGUACAGAAAUCUAAGGAGAUAGGAAGUGGUGCGGAAAGUCUUCUACUGACACCCAAUACCAAAGGCACAGAAAAUGAAAAUCAAGAAAUAUCUACUGAGAGCGGCAGCGACGCAAAAGAUUGCAUGCAAGUGUGUGGAAGUCGGAACGACGCCAAUGAAAUCUCAGCCGGUGACGGCGAGGAGGAAAAUGUGUCUCUGAAAAUUACCCCACCCCAGUCGUCUGUAGGCGCAACGUCGUUGCAAACAGUUCCAUUGCAAAAGAAACCGGGGGGCGUAUAUCAGUUCAUCGAAGAAAAGCAAAAGAUUUCAUUGUCAAAGGAGCGAAGGGCAGCACGAACUCUCGGCAUUAUAAUGGGCGUUUUCGUCAUAUGCUGGUUACCUUUCUUCCUUAUGUACGUCAUUUUGCCGUUCUGUUCGACGUGUUGUCCCACAGUGAAAUUUAAGAACUUCAUCACAUGGCUAGGUUACAUAAAUUCCGUGUUGAACCCCAUUAUAUAUACAAUUUUCAAUUUGGACUAUAGACGAGCGUUCAAAAGACUUCUAGGUAUGAAUUAAGCGCACCAUAUGAAAACACAUACACACACUCACAACAUUAGUAGAUAAAUUCAUAAUUAAGUUAAUAUUAGUUAUAUCUAUGUAUACAUAUGUAAUAUCUAAGAUUUCGAUGAAUAUAAGAAAUUAAACUUGCAGUGUUAAGGAUGUACUGUAACUAAAUAAGUAGAUAAUUAAUAUAUUUUCCUUUUCUAUUAAAAAUAUUAAUAAAUUGUUCUUAUAGAAUUGUAAUUGAUAUAAUCGAAAAGUUAUGAAAGGACAUUACUCUGCAUUUUAGAGUUAUCAUGGAAAAUAUUACUUAAGAAAAAAUGUAAAAAUAUUAAAUUAUACAACUCAAUUCAGACCAAACAACAGAAGUCUCUCAUGGCAAAACUACAAUAUUUUUAAUUUAUUUGCUUAUACUGGAGAUUGUAACGUAUAAUGAUGGUUUGUGGAAAUGUGGAUUUUUAUAAAAAGCACUAAAUAAUUUGGUAAAAUGAUUACUUCUUAUAGCGAAACGCGAAUCGAAGAACUAUAUAGAUUUAAAGUCGAAAGCGUUUUUAUGCCCGAAAUAUGAAAUGGCCAAAUCAAAACUUGAUUUAACAUUAUUUUAAACCAGUCAAAUAUUCGAAACCUAAUCAUAAUUUAACAUUUUAAGACAUUGAAGCAGAUACACAUUUAUCAGUUGAAAUAAGUUACACUAUUUUAGUCUGUCAAAAUAAUAUGUAUCUUUAUCUUGGUGGUCUAGAAAAGCUACAAGCGAUUCAAAGGAAAUGUAACAAAGUACUGGCUGACGACAACCCGAUACCAAAUAAUUUUAUUUUGUUUCAACUAUUUUCAAUUUAUUUAAUGUUGAACCAAUUUGUUGUUCUCCGGAUCAAGUUCAUGAAGACUUUUUAAAUUUG